UGUAUCCUUGCCUGCCGUGUCUCGGAGCAGGCAGGAGAAUGCUGUUGCCUCCCGUAUCUGCCAGGCACCCUCAUCGCCCUCCGGACCGGUGUGCGUGAGAGAUACCACAUCGAGGGUUCGAUCUGUGAUGACUGGGUGGUCAUGUCGUGCUGUCCGCUCUGUGGUCUCUGUCAGCUUGCAAGAGAGCUUAAGAACAAAAACUGAGAGGGAGGAGAGAAGGCGGUGGACUCUCACUUAUCAGCUGGAUAAACAGAAAGUGGUUCACAAGCUGGUUCCAGAGCAUGCAGCCUCAUUAGCGAAGCAAAACAAAACCCUGUCAUCCUUCCAGGGAUAAACAAUGGAAAGCAACAGGAUCCUUUCCCUUAGUCCCUACUGUUCUACCACCUUAAAUUGUGUCUUUUAUUUGUGGCUGGUC